UGUAUCUUCCUCUAAGUCAAUGAAUCGAUUUUCCUGGCUGUUUAUAAUAAUAAAAUAAGAAGCACGAGAAGGAUUUAAUUCAUAAAAUAAAUACACAAAAUAAGAAAUACACCAUCCUCCAUUCCCCUUUUAUAAUGCUCACCUCCAAUCUCGGUUUCUAACACACCAUUUCUGUGGAAGACAAAGAAAAAAAAAGAUGGGCUUGUUUAGUUCUUCAGUAACCCUGUUCGUGUUCUUGUUUUUCGCUGUCGCUUUAUGUUCAGGUUUGGACAUGUCGAUUGUGUCCUAUGAUCAAACUCACUCUACCAAAUCAAGCUGGAGAACAGAUGACGAGGUGGUGGCUAUAUACGAGCAAUGGCUGGUUAACAACGGAAAAUCCAGUAACAACAUCAACGCUUUGGGGGAGAAGGAACGGAGGUUUCAGGUGUUUAAGGAUAACUUAAGGUUUAUCGACGAACAUAACUCCGGUGAAGAGAGUUACAAGCUUGGACUGAACCAGUUUGCAGAUCUCACCAACGAGGAGUACCGGUCUAUGUACUUAGGUGCACGAACGGCUCCCAAAAGGAACCGAUUGCAUAAAUCCGGUCAUCAUUACUUGCCUCGUGUCGGAGAUUCGCUGCCGAAUUUCGUUGAUUGGAGGAAGGAAGGUGCUGUUGCUGAAGUCAAGGAUCAAGGAAGCUGUGGGAGUUGCUGGGCAUUUGCAACAAUUGCUGCUGUGGAAGGCAUCAACAAGAUUGUUACCGGAGAUCUCAUCUCCUUGUCGGAGCAGGAGUUAGUUGACUGUGAUAGAUCUUAUAAUGAGGGAUGCAAUGGAGGUCUUAUGGACUAUGCCUAUGAAUUUAUCAUCAAAAAUGGUGGCAUUGACACUGAACAAGAUUAUCCGUACCUCGCUAUUAAUAGCAAAUGUGACACUUACAGGAAAAAUGCCAAGGUUGUUACAAUUGACGAUUAUGUAGAUCUUCCUACCAAUGAGAAGGCAUUGCAAAAGGGAGCUGCAAAUCAGCCAAUAAGCGUUGCAAUUGAAGCUGGUGGCCCCAAAUUCCAGUUUUAUGAAUCAGGCGUUUUUACCGGAAAAUGUGGUACAAAACUGGACCAUGGUGUUACUGUUGUGGGUUAUGGAACUGAAAAUGGUAAAGAUUAUUGGAUUGUCAAGAACUCAUGGGGUAAAGGAUGGGGAGAACAAGGUUACAUAAGGAUGGAGAGAAAUAUUGGCGACGAAAAUGGAAAAUGUGGAAUUGCAAUGAUGGCCUCUUACCCUAUCAAGAAGGGCGAAAAUCCUCCAAAUCCCGGUCCUUCUCCUCCAUCUCCAGUAAAGCCUCCAGUUUUUUGUGAUCAUUACAACAGUUGCCCGUCAAGCACCACUUGUUGCUGUGUCUACGAAUUCGAUAAAUAUUGCCUUUCAUGGGGAUGCUGCCCACUCGAGGGUGCUACGUGCUGUGAUGACAAUUCUAGUUGCUGCCCACACGACUUUCCUGUUUGCAAUACCGUUAAAGGAACUUGCCAACUAAGCAAGGACAACCCAUUCGGUAUAAAGGCAAUGAGGCGUGUUCCUGCUAAGAGGCAUUGGCAUUACAGCCAUGAAGAUACGAAAAGCAGUGCAUAAGCAACAAGUACUCUUACUGGUGGUUGAUGCUUUUUCACAAAGCUACAUCUCUUCGUCGCGACCUUUGAAAUAUAUGAAAUAUGGAUAAUUUUACUAAAAAUUAAUAGUUGUUGAUGUAAAUAUGUUUCUAAUAAUCUUUUGCAUUUGAAGAAAGUUGCAUUUUCUAUUUGUAAAUUCUCCAAUCAUUUAGCAGAUAUGGCUUCAUGAUUUGGACUGUCAAUUCGGGUGAUACUUGCAAUUUGCAGAACAUUUAUAACGGUUAACUUUCUGUA